AUGGGAAUCAGAAAGGAGCUUCAUCCAGUAGAGGUCGGUGGGGGUCGAGCAAAGAUUGCAAAUGCAUCAUUCUCACUGAAUACCCAAGAGAAGUCUACUCUUUGCGGUGUUUUAAAGUCUGCCAAAUUACCAGAUGAGAGUGCUUCUAACAUUUCAAAAUGUGUGCAUAUGGGCGAUAAAAAGAUAUCUGGUUACAAGAGUCAUGAUGCUCAUUUCAUGUUACACUACUUAUUACAAGUUGCAAUAAAAAACACAUUGCCUGAUGCAGUGGCUGAACCUCUAAUUCGUCUUGGGUCCUUUUUCCGCUCUCUGUGUCAGAAGGUUAUCCAAGAGCAUGAUUUGGAUUACUUGGAUGAAGAGAUUACAAAAAUUCUUUGUCAAUUAGAGAUGAUUUUUCCUCCAAGUUUUUUUGAUAUAAUGGUUCAUUUGCCCAUUCAUCUUGUCCAUGAAGUUAGAAUGGGUGGUCCUGUUCAGUUCCGAUGGAUGUAUCCCAUAGAGAGAUACUUGUGUAAGCUUAAGAGUUAUGUUCGUAAUAGAGCUCAUCCAGAAGGUUCUAUUGCUGAGGGAUAUGUGGCUCAAGAAGCUUUGAAUUAUUGCUCAAGAUAUUUGCCUAAAAAUGUAGAGACAGGGCUGAAUAGAACAUGUAGAAAUUAUGAUAAUAAUGACUCUUGCGAAGUUGUCUCAAAUGAUUUCUUUUCAAGAAUUGGUCGUCCUUUAGGUGGGAAGCAAAAUGGUAAAUCAUUUUCAAUUGACUCGACAUCAAAAGCCCAAGCUCAUCAAUACAUUUUGUUCAAUUCUGAUGGAAUUGAUGCAUACAUAAGAGAGCACGAUCAUUGUGUUAGUAGCCGCAAUAAACAAGGAAAGUAUAUCAAGGCCAAAAGACAAAGUAGAGAUUUUAGUGAGUGGUUCAAAAUCCGAGCCUUAAAAGAUGAUGUGUCGUUUCACCUCAAAGCAUUAUCUAGAGGUCCAAAUACUGUUGCAAAGAGGUUUUCAGGUUAUGUUAUCAAUGGUUAUAGAUUUCACACUAUGAAACGUGAUGCAAGACGAAAAACUCAAAAUUCGGGUGUAACUUUGGUUUCUUUAACUGAAAGUUUUGCAAGCUCUAAGGAUGAAAAUCCUAAGACAGGUCUUGUCACUUACUAUGGAAGAAUUAAUGACAUAAUUGAGUUAGACUAUUAUAGCCAACUCAAGUUUGUUUUGUUUAAGUGUGAUUGGUUUGAGGCUAAAGAUGAGAAAUAUGCACUUACUAUUGUAAAUUUCAAUAAAAAAUGUUGCCAAAAUGAGCCAUUUGUCCUAGCUUCUCAAGUCCACCAAUGUUUUUAUGUCCAAGAUCCCUACAAUGAAAAUAAACAUUAUGUUAUGAAGACUGUGCCGAGAGAUUUGUUUAACAUGGGUGACCAAUCAACUCAAGAAGGAUAUCAUAGUGAUCUAUUUGAUGAUAAUCAAUAUCUAAAUGCAUCAGUUAAUGACAAUGAAUUGAAUUGGGUUAGGGAAGAUAUUCCUGCAACAAUAGUUGAAAAACCUCCACUUGUUAUGAAGGAAACUGAAGAAGACAACGAUGAUUAUGAUUUUGAUGAUACUUUGUUUGACUACAUGAAUUGA